UUGUACUUUACUCUUGUUCUUUAUUUACUGGGUGUGUUCACCUUCAUUUUUCACCCUUAACUAAUUUUUACCUAUAAAAAUCUUGUUAAUAUCACUACCGAUAAGUUAUAAUUUUAGAUUGCCACACCAUUUUCUUUUUGUAUUUAAAUUUUUUAUAUACAUACAUUAUAUUGAACCAAUUGGUUAAUUUAUCAAAUUAUCUCGAAAAUAAAAUUACAAGAUUUGAGGGAGUUCCUUUUGUUGAAGAAAGUAGUUUAAAUGAUGGACAUUUCCAUAAGUCACUUUCACCUAAACUGAGUGACUCAUUUUUUAUCACAUAUUUGAUAAUAAACUAUCUUAUACAAAGAGGUUUAGUCACGACAGUGAAAUUGGUACAUAUGAUUGGUAUAGAGUUGGAGGAUUAAGAAAAAACGAAUGGAUAAGUUUAGAUUUUCAGGGAGAUCCCAUGAAAGUCGUACAAAAAACAGGAAAUAAAAUUAAAAGCAUACAAGAAAGCAGGAUUUUUGGUUAUGAUACACUAAAUAGUCCAUUAUUUGGGUUCACAGUCCUAUUAGGAUUACUGAUUGGUCUUUGCAUUGGAGUGUUUUUCUCAAGGAAAUUAAUUAACAUGUUGAGAAGAGAUAUUAAUUAUAUAAGGGGAUUAUUUGGUUAGUAACUAUUAAGAUUUUGAAAAUGACAAGAGUUAUAAAAUCUGUUUAUUAUAAAUUCAUUAUUAGACCUUUUGAUAUAAGGUUAAAUAGCAUAAGCUGGAAAUAACAACUCUUAUGAAGUUGGACAAGGUAGUAAUAUCGAAUCAUCAGUGAAGGUGAUAUUAAUUUAAUUGAUAAUAUAGCUAUGGGGUCCAUGGCUGAGAUUAUAAUUUUAUACUAAAUGUGA